GCUGUCAUUGUGUCACUCAUUGUUUGUCAAAUGUCAAUCAUUAUUGUUUUGUGUAGGAGGAUCGAAGAAUGGAUUUUAAUUUAUUUUGAUUUAUAAUUUAACAAAAAUGGGCAAUGCUGACACAAAAUUGAACUUCAGAAAAGCUGUUGUACAGUUGACUUCAAAGUCUCAGCCUGUUGAUGCAUCAGACGAUACUUUCUGGGAUCAAUUUUGGUCUGAAAGCGUAACCAAUGUCCAAGAUGUGUUUGCGCUUGUUCCCGGAGCUGAAAUUAGAGCGCUACGUGAAGAAUCUCCAAAUAACUUAGCUACUCUAGUUUACAAAGCAGUUGAAAAACUCGUAAAAACAGUAGACAGCAGCUGUCGAACACAAAGAGAACAGCAAACAGCUCUGAACUGUGCUCGAUUGUUGACUCGGGUGUUGCCAUAUAUGUUGGAGGAACCAGAAUGGCAUAGCUUUUUCUGGUCAUCACUACCUGCUGCAGCAGAGAAUGAACAGUCUAUACCACUUGCGCAAUCACUAAUUAAUGCAAUAUGUGAUCUCCUGUUUUGUCCAGAUUUCACUGUAGUCAGCACCAAGAGAUCGGGACCGGAGCGCGCGGAGGAGUUGUCGUCCCUGGACAGCUGCGAGUACAUAUGGGCGGGGGGCGUGGGCUUCGCGCGGUCGCCCCCCCGCAGCGCGCAGCAGGAGGCGGCGCGCGCGGAGCUGCUGCGGCUGCUGCUCACCUGCUUCAGCGAGACCAUAUACAAGCCCGCCCACGCCGCCGCCACACACCAUAACAAGUGGAUCGCUUACCUGACGAGUUCUGAGAACCGGCACGCGUUGCCGUUAUUCACAUCUCUACUGAACACCGUGUGCUCGUAUGAUCCAGUGGGACUCGGCCUGCCGUAUAACCAUCUGCUGUUCAACGACACCCUAGAGCCACUUGUUGAGGUGGCGCUACAAAUUCUUAUCGUGACCUUAGACCAUGACACAAGCAACGCUCUCAAUGAAGACAGUGAUGAGAGUCUCCCGGACAACCUGUUCAUCAAUUACUUGUCUCGCAUCCACCGCGACGAGGACUUCCAGUUCUUGUUGCGCGGUGUGACACGUCUACUUAACAAUCCACUCGCGCAGACCUACCUGCCCAACUCUAGCAAGAAGGUGGCCCUCCAUCAGGAACUGCUGGUACUCUUCUGGAAGAUGUGCGAUUACAAUAAGAAAUUCAUGUACUACGUUCUUAAAAGCAGCGACGUGUUGGAAGUACUGGUGCCCAUACUGUACCACCUGAACGACUCGCGCGCCGACCAGUCUCGCGUGGGUCUGAUGCACAUCGGCGUGUUCAUACUGCUACUGCUGUCCGGCGAGCGCAACUUCGGCGUGCGGCUGAACAAGCCGUACACGGCGAGCGUGCCCAUGGACAUCCCCGUGUUCACCGGCACGCACGCGGACCUGCUGGUCGUGGUCUUCCACAAGGUCAUCACCACCGGCCACCAGCGGCUGCAGCCGCUCUUCGACUGUCUGCUCACCAUACUGGUCAACGGUCAGUAUAUUAAUGUGUCACAGAAGAAAUAAAAAAAAUUUUUUUUUUUCUAAAAUGCAAAAGUCGACGUGUGAAUUACUAGAAUAGAAUUUUAAUAUCAACUAUGUUGACAUUCUAAAAACAUUUUACAUAGAAACGACUCGUUUCUUUCAACUUCUUUGGCGUGUACCAUUAAGGUGAAAUUUGAAUCAAACGAACAAAGAGCUAGAGCAAGAACACGAACGUUCUUUCGUGUUCUUCUAAUAUAAACGAAAGUUCAUAAUAAGUAUUUACACCAAAACAAUAUCAACGGACAAGAAUUUGCAUCCUUCUCGAAC